GGCUCGUAGAGUCCCGGAUGUUGGCUCGGCCGCGGAGCGAGAGGCGAAGCGGGGAGAAGGCAGGCAGAAGCAGAGAAGCAGAGAAGGGACGCCACGGCACCAUAGGCACACCGGCGAACCUUCGUCAGCUCUUUGCCCGGGACGACAAGCGUUCGAGCGUGCGGGGGACACUCUCGGGGGAGCCCGUCGGGCCACAGGAGGCGGACGGCGUCAGAAGGGGGAGCAGUUAAGUGCGAAACUACAGCGAGGAUUACGCAGACCACCGUCAACAUCAGCUCUCUCUCCCCACAGACCUCGCUUUGGAGAAGCAUGCUGAUGUCCUGAUCUGAGGGCCCAGAGUUCAGUUCAUCACCCCUACUUGUUCCUCUCCCCAAGAGUCAGUGGAGCUCCAACAGAGGCCACCGGUUUACCUCCAGGCUUUAGGGUUUACCCCCCCCCCCCUCCCUCCCUGCUGCCUGGCCUGUCGUCAACAUGACGUCGGAGCUGGAAAGUAGCCUGACCUCCAUGGAUUGGCUUCCUCAGCUUACCAUGCAGGCAGCCAUCCGCAAAGCCGAUGGCCAGCACGGCCAUGGGACAGGCAUGGGUAAGAAGAGCGCCCUCCUCGAUCCCAACACCACGCUGGACCAGGAAGAGGUGCAACAGCACAAGGACGGCAAGCCACCCUACAGCUACGCCAGCCUCAUUACGUUCGCCAUCAACAGCUCGCCAAAGAAGAAAAUGACGUUGAGCGAGAUCUACCAGUGGAUCUGUGAUAACUUUCCCUACUACAGAGAGGCGGGAAGUGGCUGGAAGAACUCGAUACGGCACAAUCUGUCAUUGAACAAGUGUUUUCUCAAAGUGCCUCGCUCUAAAGAUGACCCGGGAAAGGGCUCUUACUGGGCUAUUGACACCAACCCAAAAGAGGACGCCUUGCCAACACGGCCCAAGAAGAGGCCACGGUCCGGAGAGCGGGCUUCAACGCCAUACAGCUUGGAGUCGGAGUCUUUGGGGAUGGAGUGUAUGAUCUCUGGAAGUGCCUCUCCAACGCUGGCAAUCAACACUGUGACUAACAAGGUGGCACUCUACAACACGGACCAGGAAGGAAGCGACAGUCCGAGAAGCAGCCUUAAUAACAGCCUCUCCGAUCAGAGCCAGGCCUCCGUCAAUCUCAACAGUGUGGGCAGCGUGCACAGCUACACCCCGGUGACCAGUCAUCCCGAACCUGUGUCCCAGUCCCUGAGCCUCCAGCAGCCCCAGUCCCAGUACAACAUGCCCGACAGAGACAAGCAGCUCAUGUUCUCUGAAUUUGAAGAUCUCAGUGCCUCCUUCCGCAGCCUUUACAAGACCGUUUUUGAGCAGUCCUUUAGCCAGCAAGGUCUGAUGGGAAUACCGUCAGACGCAUCGCAGCAGACCCACACGUCCUGCUCCUAUCAGCACUCCCCCGGCGGCGCCAUCAGCACGCAGAACAAUAUGUCCAACAACCAGCCCAACAGCCACUCCAACAACAGCGGCCAGGUGCCCCUCUCCCACCCGGCGCAAGCCCACCCCGGACACGGCUCCCCGCACGCACAGCACCUCCCACAGCACGCCGGCCCGCACAACCAGCACCCGCAACACGGCCAACACCCGCAGCACGGCCAGCACCCGCAACAGCACCCGUCCCACGGGCAGCACACGCCACAUCCCGUCCAACACGCGCAGCACGGCCAACACCCUCCGCAGCAUCAGAGCCUCUCCCACCAGCCGCAUCCGGCCCAGCAGCAGAUGGCCUGCAAUCCAGGUUUACUCUCUGACUGGUACCCCAAUCUGGAUGCACUGAAAGAAACCUGCCGCAUUGCGAGCAGCUAUAAUUGGGCAGAUGUGGACCUGUCACCUUUCCAAGGAUUACGAGAGAGUAUGAGGCAGGCCGAGUUGAACAACUGGUCGUUGGAGCCCACACAGAUUGCCGACCUGUGCUCAUCCAUCAACCAGUUCUUCGCCCGCACUGGUGUCAUCCCCCCGCAGGGGACGGUGCAGCCGGCCGUCUGCCACGCGCCCAUGCAUCCAAACAAACCCAGCCAGCACCUGGGCACAGGAAAUCUCUAUAUGGACUCCAGACAGAGCAUGUCUAUGAUGGGGCCUCCGGGGUAUCCCCACAUGCCCCCCAUGAGCAGCGCAGGACCCACUAUGACUGGACACCAUGCUCAGAUGAACCAGCAGCACAUGAUGCCGAGCAGAAACUUCCAGAUGCAUCGCAUGCCAGCCGAUGACAUCCAGGAUGAUUUUGACUGGGACUCCAUUGUGUAGCCUCCUCUGAUAUAUAUAUAUAUAUUUUUUAAUUUUACAAACAAAAGGAGCGGAGAGCGAGAAGAGGAGGUGGUAGCCAGAGGAAAUCAGGCUCGGCAAAAAAAGGCCAUGGGAGGGCGAGGAGAUGGAGGAAGAGGAACACCACCCCACACAUAACCCCCUACUCUCCUUCUUGGUGGGUGGACAUUCGACGGGCUGCCCUGAAACAGUUUUACAGAACCAGAAAAAGACAAUCAUAUUUGUGGGACAGGUCUCCAGCCCGCCCCUCCCACCAUCCGAAGCAAGGGCCUUCCAAAACCCCCGAGCCACACCCACUGCCCCCAACUGUUUAGCCCCCGCUUUUAGCCAAGCCACUCCACCACUGUUCUGUGAUUUGAGCUUGUGAUUCUUCUUCUCGUGUUGGCCUCAGUUGCAUCGUGGAUGAAUUUUGCUCUUUUUUUCCCCUAAUCUUUUUAUUGUUUUCUAAAAGAAACGCUGGCUGCCUCUGUGAGUCAUGUGACUGUGCUCGAUGGUGGAAGAGGGCCCCCAUGUGGCUGGCGUUAAAGUUUGGAUUAUGCUAGCUAAUGUUUUGAACAGGGUUUAAGAAAAAAGUCUUCAAGGCCUAUUAUUAACAAUGUAAAACCAGAGAAUGAAAACCAAUCAGUGUGACCAUACCAAGGAGUGUUUGGGCCACAUUGAAAGGGAAAAAGAGUAAAAAUGCAGGUUAAAAGUAAGCCUAAUGUUCUAAAGCUGUAUUUUGUAUUUUAAUUUCACUCAAUACGAUGAGUGUGAAGCAGCAGGAUACCAAAUGUUAGUUUUGUGUUCAAAGGUCUAGACACAUCCAUGUCCAUGUCAUUCUGUCCAUCAAUAUUCGUUUAGGGCAGUGUUUCCCAACCUUCAUUGAGCCGAUUUACAUAUUUAGUAAAUGUCAGAAAAAAGGUACAGUAUAUCAACAAUCUGAAAUAUUGAUAAUCUCGUCUCAAUUUAUUCACAUUUUUACUUAUUCAGUAUAAAAACUCGGCCAGUUUAGUAGAACACAAGUGUGUGGACACACUAAUUAAUAGUGGAAGAGCAUUUCAUUGUUCAGACGAUCACUAUAUGUCACUGGCAUUGAUAGAUGAACAAAGAUGCAUUACCUAUAGUCAAUAAUUAAAUAUUUAGGACCAAUUCAGUAAAAUUUGAUCAUUUCUCGCUCUUACCGUGGUUGGGAAUCACAGCUUUAGGGAUGGGCAUUGUCUUUGAUUCAUUGAUGUUUAACAAUUGAUGGUUGAUUAGUUGUGUCUGGAAGCGAUGGAGGCAAAAUGGAGUGCACUUCCUAGGUGCAGUUUGCAGAAAUGCUGUCAGUUAUCAUCUACAUCCAUGUCGAUGCAUUCCUUACUAUUUUCUGCCAUUUGGAUUUGUUAUCAGUUAUUAAUAGAAGGCUAAUUUUUCCGAGAGGUGAUCAAGGAAAUGCCCAUCCCUAAUUCCUUUUUAUAUCUAACAGCCUAUUGAUCAUUAAAGUGCGUCAACUCUGAGAAGCAGCACUCUAAAAGUGAAAAGCUUCACAUCUAUCUGUAAAAUUAAAACAGAAUCCUCUCAUAAAAUAUUGCGACACGUUCUCAAGAGUAAAAUGCUACAAAUGUUAGUCUAGCUAGCAUUAGGCUGGAGAAACUACGAGUUAUCUUAAAGUACUCCACUGCCUCCCCUUAAGAUUUCAUUUAGAUUAAAGCUGCUACUGCACGACCUUUGAGCACAACAUCCAUCCAUUCACAGCGGAGUGAACGAGACAAUGACAAAUGACUACGCUUUAUGCUGAGCUAAGCAAAUAAACUAAGAUCAUUUCCUAGGUUAGGAUUAGUUUUCGAUCAUGUGAUGAAUAUUUUUUUGUCCGCCACGUUGAAGGUUGAGAUCUGGAGGAUAAGAUAGCCGACUGAAUAAUUUUUUAUCCGUUUUUUAUUUUCUCUGUCUAAAUAUAAUCAGUUAAUAUCAACCUUGUUGUCAUUGGAGAUACUGUAUGUCUAACUGGCAUACUAAAACUAUUCCACAUGCAGGGUUGUUUUCUACAUAGAUCUAUGUUUCAAUUAAUUUUAAUAAAAUCCAUAGAUUACAGUGCAUGUAUGUAUCAUGCAAUUUCUAACUUUGCCAAACAUUAAAGCUUACCUUCAACAAACCGUUGAGAACAGACACAGAUGUUCGGGUAUCUGUCGGCAUUGUGAGAACAAUUUAUAACUGAAACUGAACUGAACUUAAAUUGGACUUAAAAAAAUACAAAUACAUCAUGGUUAUAUGAUACACAGUUUGAUUGUGUGAUUGUUUCAUAUGCCACGAGAGGGAGCCUCUGCACUAGUAGUGGUACUCGUACCACACUCAGAAUCACUGGUUCAGGGGGUUACUUAGGUUUAAAAUUUGGCAAACGGCUCGCACUUAGUAUCCUUGUCAGACAGCUAAAAAUGUUAACUCUGAUUAAUGAUCAAUAGGCUCUAUACUUGCCCUUUAAACAUGUGUCACUUUGACUUAUUAUAUAUACUGUGUGUGUGUAUAUGUAUACACUGUACGUGUAUAUAUUUACACAUACACACACACACACACAUAUAUGAUUUUUCAACAGCUUAUGAUGAUAAUUUAUAUUUGAGGUUUUGAUGGAAGAACAACAUUUUUUUGCGGAAAUGCACACAAAAGAAAACAGGGUGACUGUAAGUUCUGGAAACUUCUAUAUUGGAUGGGCGCUAAAAUAACAAUACAUUCAAUUUCUCAUACCCUUGGUCAUAAAUAUGGGAACAACAACACAAGCAGCUUUUUGUCAUACUCUGCAUCCGUUUUCAUCAACCUGACAUUGAAGUUGUGUCUGGCUCUUGUGCAAGGGAUGGCCAUUUGACUUCCUUGAUUAACUACAAUGAAUUUGUAAUGGUUUUAAUUGGAUGUGAACAAUCAGUGAAUUCUGAAUUCCUUUUUUCAUCUCGCUGUUGUAUCAAACAGACUAAUGCUGCCCAGAGGAGUCAGUUCCCAUAGCUAACUUCAUGUUGUCCUUUGCACAGCAAAUGAGUUUCAACCCAGUAGUGACAACUCCGUUUUGCCUCAAUAUCAACAAUCAGUUCCACACAAUCGACGGAGUUCAUAGUGAUCAAUCAACUAAUCGAUGAUUAUGCGCAUGCUGAAUUUGUCUUCCCCUAACAGAGGCUGGUGGCUCACCUUUCCCAUGAUUCCACACCUGGGGAUUGAGCAAUCCAUCCCAGGGGAUGCCAUUCGACCUCCGUUUUACAUGUAUAAAUAAAUAAAUAAAUAAACAAACAAACAAACAAACAUGGCGGUCCGGUAGUCCAGUGGUUAGCACGUGGGCUUCACAGUGCAGAGGUACCGGGUUCGAUUCCAGCUCCGGCCUCCCUGUGUGGAGUUUGCAUGUUCUCCCCGGGCCUGCGUGGGUUUUCUCCGGGUGCUCCGGUUUCCUCCCACAUUCCAAAAACAUGCAUGGCAGGCUGAUUGAACACUCUAAAUUGUCCCUAGGUGUGAGUGUGAGUGCGAAUGGUUGUUCGUCUCUGUGUGCCCUGCGAUUGGCUGGCAACCGAUUCAGGGUGUCCCCCGCCUACUGCCCGAAGACAGCUGGGAUAGGCUCCUGCACCCCCCGCGACCCUAGUGAGGAUCAAGCGGCUCGGAAGAUGAAUGAAUGAAUGAAUAAAUAAACACACACACAACCAAUUGCCAUAGAAAUGAAUGGAUUUGUAAUUAUUCUGGUCCAGAGUGAAACUAACUGAGCACCAAGAUGAUUUAUUCAUUGUUUGGAAACAUUUGUCCCAACAUGCUGACCUAUUCCUUUAAAAACCCUCUAAAGUGAAAAUGCAUUCUUCAUUUUUUAUAGUUGUUGAAAACAUGUGCAAAGACUGAACUGAGAACUGUGAAAAGAUCGUAGUAGAUUUAACGUUAAACAGUUUUUUCGCGAUUUUGGGUUCCCUCUUUUUAUUAUGAUUCUUCUUUUGUUGGGGGGGGCAUUGGGCAUAAUUUAUGCCUCCCCACAAUGUCGCAGUUGUGACGUACAGCGAGCUGGGUUCACAAAUGUCUGCUGGUGUGGCUGCUUUAGAGCGCCUCAUUGUCAGCCAUGAGUAUCAUGUCGCAGAGAUAAAGACGAAAGAGUGAGGUAGGGGAAUUUUCUUCAUUUAAAAAAAUUAUUAUUGUUUUUUAUACUUGACAGCCAGCGCCUGGACAGGUUUUGCCGCUUUAGAGCGCCCUGUUGUCACGCAGAUAUAUUUUCACAGCUCAAACAUGGAGUAAUGUGUAGAUGUAAGAAGAUGCUCGGCAAAAUAGCCUCAAUUUUUCCAGGAUGUAGUAGAAGUAUUUGAUUAACAGUUGAGAGGGGAGUGGCACUCCCACAACAUUCAAGAGCAGACAUUGGCUUCAUUUGUCAUGAUUUAGAAGCCUCAUUUAAUAUACGUGCCACUUUCAUUUAAAUUUGGCAAAGUCGUGAACACAAUUCUCUGUGGUGUGUCAAAUACAGAACACAUUUUUACUUUACAGGGACUUUGAGACAUACAGUCUACCCAUUUAAGAUAAGGUUUUAUGACAAUCAUUUUUAAUAGUGCUGAGUGUGCAAAACAAGAAAAAAAAUACAGGGAUGGGCACUUAACUAACUCUUCAGAUUGUUUUUGGAGCUCACCUUCCCAUAGUGGAUGUCAUUUUGCCUUCUUUUGACAGACAGCACACUUGAGUUUUGAGCCAAGAGUGACGUAGUGCACUCCAAUUUGCCCCAAUCGCUUCUAUGACUCAACUAAUCAAUUCAAUUGAUGGUUGCGUACGCCCAUCCUUCUUGUGAAAUUUUAUUGAGGUAAAAUUUGUUUCACUUCUUCCAGGUGAAGAUUGAAAACAUUUUUUAAAAUGUGGCUUGACAAAAAGGGACAAAGUGUAAGAAAAAUGACUGGAUCACUUUUUGUUGCUUGAACGAUUGUGUGCGUACUCAAGUGCGUUUGAUGGUGUGAUUUAAAAAAAAAAUUGAGGCAGAGUCAAAGUUUGUUUUUACUUGCCAGAGAGAUUAUUUGGGAGAUUUGAACACAUUAUGAAUGAGGAAAAAAAAUCCCAGUUGGGGUGGUUUUUCAAGAGCAGCCAUCAUCAUCGUCCUCGUACUGUCAGUUGAAAUGAAUGGUCGUUUCCUUCAGUGCUGGUGUCGUCUUGCUUGUACAUAAUUGUCUUUUUCAAUCACACCCCCCUCCUUUUUUUCCUUUAGGGGGCAGAGGGGAAUCCACGAAAUAGACGAGGGAGGGGAAAGAAUAUUUUGUUAUCGUCCAAUCAGAGGGUGACAGUAUGUAUAUAUCUAUAUUGUAUAUAUGUGAUGAAAAUGCAUUGGCUUUUUUCGGGGUGUGUGUGUGACACUACCUUUUACCUGUACUAUGUUUCUACAUUCAGUGUUUCAGUGUUGAUAAUAUAUAUUUGGUUUGUGUUUCAUUGUUUUUAUUUCGUCUUUGUCAUUUCUUGUUUGUUUUCCUCCUACUUUGCCCCUUUUUUUAUUUUAAAUUGCACGAUUUAUUACUUUUGCUGUCCGAUGAGGUGACACAGCUACUCUUUGUAUUCGUUUAGUGCUGUAAAGUGUUAUUAGAAUUGUCAAUACCACCUGAAGCCACCCGUACCCAAGCCCCCUCCUUGCCCAAUAUGCAUGAAUGGCACUUACAAGAAAUAAAAUAUGGUAACUUCACUGUGGAA